AUGUAUGGUCUCCGAGACCCGAUUUUCACGAAGUAUAAGGAUCUGAAUGAGAGAAUAAACCAUCCACCACCGCAGAUAAGUCCAUCAAUUUGGAUGGAGAUGGUUCAAAAAUGGACUGACCCGAAUUGGGUGGAAAUGAGUGAUAAGAAUGAAGAGAAUCGGGAGAAGAGUGAGCUUGCAGCCACUGGCGGUUCAGCACCGUUGCCCGUUGGCCAAGGUAACGACGAGUUCGACGACGAGUCCGAUGAGGAGACUGCAGACGAGACUGCUGCUGCAUGA